AGCGCCCCUGCGCAGGCGCGGUCCCGCGGCGCAGCGCGCAGGCGCGGAGUGCCCGCAUGCCGCGGGGCCGGAGCUGCGGACGUACCUGCCGCACAGAAACAAGAGGACAUCAGUCUUCCCCAUCCUGGAGCCUGUAAAACCGGGUUUGGCACCAGUGUAUCAGUCUAUGGUGACAACUAAAAAAGAAUCACUCGUUUGCUGCUCUGAGGAUUAGUUGGCUCCACUGACACCACCAUGGAUGAACUGCAGGAUGUUCAGUUAACAGAGAUCAAACCACUCCUGAACGAUAAGAAUGCGGCUCGCAACUUCCAGGACUUCGACUGUCAGGAACAUGACAUUGAGACAGCUUUCGGAGUGGUCCAUGUCACCAUGCGGGGCAUGCCCAAGGGGAACAGACCUGUCAUCCUCACGUACCAUGACAUCGGCCUCAACCACAAAUCCUGUUUUAACGCAUUCUUUAACUUUGAAGACAUGCAAGAGAUCACUCAGCAUUUUGCUGUGUGCCAUGUGGAUGCACCAGGCCAGCAGGAAGGAGCCCCACCAUUCCCAUCUGGGUACCAGUAUCCCAGCAUGGAUGAACUGGCUGAAAUGCUGCCUGCUGUUCUGACACACCUGAACCUGAAAAGCUUCAUUGGGAUUGGACUGGGAGCUGGUGCUUACGUCCUCAGCAGGUGUGCACUCAGCCACCCCGACCUGGUGGAGGGACUCAUUCUUAUAAACGUUGAUCCAUGUGCAAAGGGCUGGAUUGACUGGGCAGCAUCCAAGUUUUCAGGCUGGACAACCAACAUAGUGGAUAUUGUCUUGGCGCAUCAUUUUGGCCAUGAGGAACUGCAGGCAAAUCUAGAUUUGAUCCAAACAUACAGGCUUCAUAUCGCGCAGGACAUUAACCAAGAUAACCUUCAGCUGUUCCUCACCUCAUACAACAGUCGUAGAGACCUGGAAAUCGAGAGACCAGUUCUUGGCAUCAACGAAAAUACUGCAAAAACACUCAAGUGCCCUGCCUUGCUAGUGGUUGGUGACAGCUCACCUGCAGUGGAUGCAGUGGUUGAAUGCAAUUCACGUCUUGACCCAACCAAAACUACCUUUCUGAAGAUGGCUGACUGUGGGGGCCUGCCCCAGGUGGUUCAGCCUGGCAAGCUGACUGAAGCCUUCAAGUACUUUGUGCAGGGAAUGGGCUACAUGCCAGCAGCCAGCAUGACCAGGCUGAUACGCUCCCGUACCCACUCCUCCUCUAGCCUGGGCUCUGGCGAUAGCAUCCGCAGCCGGUCUCACGCUAGCAACCAUGGUGAAGACAGUGCUGGAACUCCAGAAGGAAUUGACCUCCAGGAGGCACCUCAAACCAUGGAAGUAUCCUGUUAGGCAGGAUCCUCUUCUGGAUUCAGACAACUCCACUCUCCCCCACUGAACCCACUCAGAAUCUAGCAUUUCACCAACAUGGCAUUAACUGUUCUCUCUAACUUGUGCAUGCCCAUCUGAGCUGCCGCCUCCUUGGUAGUCUGUACUUGGCAUUACUUUGGUCCUUUCUGUAUGCCCUUGGCAUCAGAGCCUCUUUAAAACUCGUUAACAUUCCGCUGUCUUAGUAAGUCCCGUUACUGUACAUGCUGGUCCCAUCUCCUGUCUGUGCUGUGUAUCAAUCCAGAUGACAGCCGUUGUCUUCCCCAUUCAUUUAAGUAUAAUUUCUGUGGCUUUGUGAGGUUUAGAAUUGCUUUCUAGUUGUGCUUCUGCUAAAGGACCCUUGUGGUGCAGUUGAUAUGGCAUCUGUGGGACAUGGGAAAGCAAGACCAUGAUGAUGUGGAACUCCAGGCACUGCAGCAGGUGAACCUCUUCGGCAGAGCUGUGCCUGGAGUGUAGAACCCAUCAGAGGUCUCUGUGUUCCCAGGACUCUCGGCAUGCCAGGCAGCCAUGGGGAAAACAAAGGUCAGAAAUACUGUCUUGGUCUCAUCUCUGUAUGUGUGUUAGGAAGGAGCAGAGUUGAUUUCUCACCUGAGCCUCCUGAAAGGGCAAAGCAAUUAACAAGUAAACUUACACUAACCGAGGUGCACUAUUAACCGAGUACAAGGGAUUACGCUGCAGCAGCCCUGGCUCCAGAUUGCCUCUGCUUGACCCUCCAGGGGCCAGAUGCAGUUAGCACCAUCUCGCUAUUCUGCCCUGGCAUCUUCAACAUCAAGUAGGUUGUGAAAUGGGCAGCAGUGCCCCUUGCCAGAUCCAGGAAUCUCCUGCACUGCCAGCUCUGCUUCCCACCGCUGCCAGCCCGGGCAGGCUGUCUGCACAGGGUGUUAGCUGAGGCUCCCGUGAUACCUGGGAUGUAAAUGGUGACCAUCAGACGCACAUUUGUGUGAGUCAGGUCAGAGGGUGAGCAGGGAACACCUCUGUGCAGGUGCUGUUCACUGUCCUGGUGGAAUUCACAAUUCUGCUGCCUUUCUACAUCUGGCUGGGUCAUAAAGAGCAGGAGGCAAAUGCCUGCUGCGUGCCAGGGUCUCGCUGUUAAUGGGAGAAAAGGGAAGAGUGGUCAGGCUACUACAGGGCUCAAUAGAUGAGCAAAACACCCUUUCUUGACUGUUGAGCAGGCCUGACCCACUGGGAGCCAGCUCCUCCGAGGGUCAUGCUCAUGUUCUGCUCCAUUUCAGGUAGGGAAUGGGACUGGGAGGCUCUGCCUGAGGGGGACUUUGUACCAGUUAUUAAAUAAAGCUAUAACUGAGUUUCAUUGUUA